AAGGCAGCAAUAGCAAGACGCAUGCGACGGGCAGAGUCUUCAUCGUCUCGAGAUCGGUCUUGUGGAGGCCGAUCAUUGUCGCGCGAACGGAUUUCCAGGAGCCAUGUCAUUAGGAGAGGAUUCCAUUCCGUGCCGUCGUCGAGCCUUUGACACCAGGCUUGCGUGGGAUUACCACCGCGAGGAGAUAGAAACAAGGGUUACGAAGCGCCUCUCCGCCCUGUCGGCUCUGGCCUCUUCAACGUGGGGAACGGGGACCAUCAACCUACGACAGGGCAAUGGUCGUCCCCCAGAUGCUCUAUGGCUGCUCGGCAUGGCACGCCCCUGGCGGUGGUCGAGGCAACGCUAUGGUACCUGCGAUCAAGAGGAUACAGAGACGAGCAGCCCAAUCCAUCACUGGAGCCUUCCGCACAACGGCCGGUGCAGCGGUCGAUAUAGAAGCACAUCUGCUCCCUGCACAACUGCAACUCGGACAAACAGCAUUAGAAGCCACAAUGCGCAUCAUAACCACCCCGCUGUACGACGACAUGACCGCACCUGAGGACAACAACGGCGUCCCAGGGAGGACCUGCCGAAGAUACAACGCGCAGGGCCCCUUGACCAACUCUAGAGCAUCUUAGAGCUCAUCAAUAUCAACGAAUCCGCUGAAGAAGCGAUC